AUGCCGCCUAUUAGACCUAUGAUUAGACAUUAGACAGUCGUUUUUUUGCAGAUUUUCCGUUUCAAUGCAUUUUCCAAUCUUGCGAUUUAAAUGAAGUGUAAUUUCUGUUACACUUCAUUUAAAUUAUUAUGCUCAUUAUAGAAUAACAAAAAAAUGAUACAUAACUGGUGGCAUAGAUUUGUUAGACGAAGAACUAAGCCCAUACCCGAAGAAACAGCUAUUUUAUGGAAGCGCCGCCUUAGUAUAGCUUAUGGAGUAUUAGCUUGGAAUGCAUUUGGCUUGGUUGCAUACAGUUUUUACAAAGGCAAAGCUGACUGGGCACAUUACUAUGGACUCAAGACGGACGAAGAAAAGUCCAUACCACCAAGUCAAGCUUGGGCUAAUAUUCUAGGAAUAAAGAAUGCCAAGGUAUACAGAAUAUCUGGUUUUACUAAAGUUGAUGAGUAUGACAUAGUUGAUGGAGAAAGUGUUUUCAACAAUAAUAAUGAAGCUAAUGAUAAUGAAACCCAAGACUAGAAGCAACCACUUUAAGAAAUAAUUUCAUAAUCUAAAUAGAUUUGUUGUAAAUAAAGUAUUUAAUAUUUGUUCUUUA